AUGCCACAGACAGACGGAUUGUGGCACGAUGUACUCAAGAUGAACGCUACGAAGCAGGAACUCUUCAUGGAGAGAGUCUUGCUGCUGCACAAGAUCGCCUUGAAGAAACGGGCUGGCAAGUCCAGCAAUGUGAGGCUGACUUUGUCAAAGUGGGAAACCGAGACCAACAUCAUGGCUGUCUUGGGUCAUGUGCUCCAGGAGAUGGACAGUCGACCAAACUUAUUCAAGCCAGAGCAGGUCAAGGCGGCGAGCCAGAAAAUCCUCGAAGGGGACUACAACGACGACAUCCAGGCCCACAUUGACGGCGCCCACCCCAACUGGUGCCCCUCCCACACGCAGGUGUGGAACGAUCACCUGUGCUCCGCGAACAAUGCAAACGUCAUGGAUGCAGCAGAAGCCCGACUGACAGCAAUGGCCGACGACGCAAGCAAGCUUGCAUUCGAGCAGGAUUCGUUGAAACUUGCGGCGGACAUAUCCAACAUCGGGAAGAUGUUGGACCGGUUCUUGCAAACCGAUCGGGCGAGGCACUUGAGCAAAUUCAUGGCGAAGAGCUCCGUGGACGACUCGCCGUGUGUGCUCCUGGUGGACUUUACCAAGAGCGGGCGCUUGACGGUCAAGGAUUUGGACCGCGACAUUGGUUUGGUGAAGAAGUUCCUAUCCUCAAAGCCUCUAAUGACCAUGGCUGUAGUUGUGGCACCGUUCUUGGAGUCAGCGAGACUCGGACAGCGCGGUGACAUGAGGGGAAAUCGGAGCAACAUUCCUUUCGAGCCCGAGAGAAACUACAUCGUGCCAAUGGCAGUGAAAGACGCCGUGCCGGCCCUCUCGGAUGCGCAAGAGUCCGCUCAACUCCUGAGUGGACCCGGCUUUGCGGAAGCGGUCCUCGCAGGUUGCUUCGCAAACUUGCCCCGCAGAAUGAUGUACAGGACUGUGAAUCUGUCCACUUACGAUGCACACUGGGAGAAGGCGGUUAUGAAAUUCCACCUCACAGAGCAACGGCCACGAAUUUGCUCCCUCUCCCUGACGGAUGAUUUGGACAUCAGCCAGUACUGCGAGCAAGUGUUGGCUGUGGACCUUCUGCAGGCUUGCUGCUGUAGCUUGCAAGUAUUUCUUGCGUGGAAGCAGAACGGGGACAUUCAGCUCCUUGCUGAAGAGCCAGGCUUCCGCCGCUACGAGAGCGAGGUGUCAGGCCUGGUGGCCAGCCCGGAUCCGGCUGAUUAUGGCUUCAAGAUGGUUGAGGUUACGACUGAUGACUCUCAGCGGGGUGUGAACCGCUAUAGGUUUUCCUUGUCACCAACCAUCCGGGCACUGUACAACGCGGAUGUAGUGCAUCGCAUGCAGUGGCAAGAGCUCAUGGAAGCAUUCGACAAGCAGCCCCUAGGUAUGCAUCCAUUGGGAGCUGGAGAGCCUUUGUUUUCGCGCCACAUGCAGGCCAGCCAGGCCCCGAACACUGCGAGCACCCAGCAGGCACCGGUGGCCGAGGGCCCACUGACCUGGGAGGGUGAGCCAACAUGCUUGGAUGAGCUCACGAGCAGAUAUCAGAUUGAACACAAAAUCCCAGCACGGGCCGCUGGUGCGAGUUUGUUCGUUUGCAAAAGUGCAGAGCAAGAUGGCGAGCAGAGGGAUGUGUGUGAUGGACAGAUGUACAAGCUUUUCAUCGCUUCUUGA